AUGCCAAAGAACUGUCAAUUGGGACCGGUGCUCAGCUAUGGCUCUGAAGGUACUGUACACUCUGGCACAUGGCGCGGCACACCUGUAGCUAUCAAGGUAUUCUUAAAUCACUAUGCACGUCGUGCCGAAACCGAAAUGAAACUUGUGUCGACUCUCAAUCAUAUCAAUAUCAUCAAAUAUUUCGAUCUCGAACACGAACAAGCAAUUGCCUAUCUUGUCAUGGAAUACAUCACGGGUGGAAAUCUCUACGCAUUUAUUCAGAAUAAUUUCACCUCAUCUACGUACUGGUCAAUCAUCUGUCAGAUUCUAGCUGAUGUGGCUCGAGGAAUGGUCUAUCUGCAUGAUCGUGGCGUCGUUCAAGGCGACCUCAAAAGCCACAAUAUCCUUUUGCGUGAUGGUACUCUCCAGGCGGUUAUCUGCGACUUUGGUAUCUCGAGGUGUCUCAGGGAUGAUGCUCAAGUCAAGAAGCGAUACGGCAGCGCAAAAGGUACUGUGGUUUAUCUUUAG